AUGGUCAACGCUAAUAAUUCUGUAAAAGACCAACAAACAAAAUCAAAACAUACGCGCUCAGGCUCAUUCAAUCAAUCAAGACCAAAAGUACUUCGCCCUUUCAAUACAAAUGAAGUCAAGGUUUUGCUUCUUGAAAAUAUCAAUGAAACAGCUAUAGCCUCAUUCAAGAAACAGGGUUAUCAGGUUGAGACUUAUGCCAAGGCCUUAGUAGGCGAUGAAUUGCUUGAAAAGAUAAAAGACGCUCAUGUCAUUGGUAUACGAUCCAAGACAAAAUUGACAAAGCAAGUGCUUGAACAAGCUAAAAACUUACUUGCCAUUGGUUGCUUUUGUAUCGGUACAAACCAAGUAGAUCUUCAAGCAGCAGCUAAUCAAGGAAUUGCUGUCUUCAACUCUCCCUUCAGUAAUUCUCGCUCUGUUGCAGAACUGGUUAUUGGUGAAAUAAUUACACUUGCACGUCAUCUGGGCGACCGCAAUAACGAAAUGCAUUCUGGUGUCUGGAAUAAAGUGUCAAAGAACUGUUUCGAAAUUCGUGGAAAAGUGCUGGGUAUUGUCGGUUACGGACACAUCGGAUCACAAUUGUCCGUUUUGGCAGAGGCUAUGGGCAUGACUGUUUAUUUCUACGAUGUGAUCCAAAUCAUGCCUCUUGGACAAGCCAAACCUGUGGACAGCCUGCAUGAAUUAUUAGCUAUCUCUGACUUUGUUACUCUCCAUGUACCGGAAACGGAAGAAACAAAGAAUAUGAUUGGCGAACAAGAACUGCAAAAAAUGAAGAAAGGCGCUUACCUUAUAAAUAAUGCUCGUGGCACCGUUGUUCAAAUCCCUGCGCUUGUUAAAUAUCUUAAAUCGGGCCAUCUUGGAGGUGCAGCGAUUGAUGUAUUUCCAAAAGAGCCAGCUUCAAAUGGGCCCUACUUUAAUGAAUACCCAGAAUUGAUAUCAUGUCCUAAUGUCAUCCUGACGCCUCACAUCGGUGGAUCCACUGAGGAGGCACAGCGAAUGAUUGGUUUAGAAGUUUCUCAAGCAUUGAUCAAGUAUAUAAAUGACGGAACUUCUGUUGGAGCAGUCAAUUUUCCAGAAGUGGAUCUGCGGGCUAUUCGAGAAGAAGAUAACAGUACAGUCCGUGUGUUGUAUAUCCAUCGUAAUAUACCUGGAGUAUUAAAGGAAAUCAACCGAAUCUUUGCUGAUCAUAAUGUAGAAAAGCAACAUUCUGACUCAAAAGGCAGCAUAGCCUAUGUAAUGGCAGAUAUAGCAGAUAUAACAGACCUUAAAGGACUUUAUGACGCAUUGAUUGCUACACCAUCCAAUAUCCAGACACGUAUCCUCUAUUAG